AGGAGGAAGCUGAGCGGCGGUGGGCUUCAGUCUCUGUGAUAAUGUCAUUUUUGUACUUUUUUGUGAUUCGUUCUUGUGUUUGAGUUGAUUCACCAGGCUGCCAGUAUUUUGUGAAUACGACUGUGGCGCGCGAGAGGCAUGGACGUCACCCUGAUGUUCGAGAUCGACGGGGAGCUGGAAUCCUCCGAGGUGGCGAGCCUCAAGUUCCUGUGCAGGGACCAUGUGCCCUGGAAGCAGCUGGAGCGGGUGCAGGACGGCCGCGAGCUCUUCCAGAAGCUGGAGGAGCAGGGCCUACUGGGAGACGACACCCUCUUCGUGGAGGAGCUGCUGCUCGCUAUCAAACGGCUGGACCUUCUGACGAACCACCUGAACACCAACGGCGAGGCGGUGGAGUUGACCAUACAGAGACGGGGGGUCUCGUACACUGGCAUCUCUCCGUACCGGAAGAUGCUGUAUGAGCUGUCUGAAGAUGUGACGGAUGAUAAUCUCAGCUCUCUCAAGUUCCUGUCGAAACUCCCACGGGCCAAGCAGGAGUCCUGCACAAGCGCCCUGGACGUGCUGGUGGAGAUGGAGAAGCGGGAGGAGCUGGGGGAGGAUAACGUGGAGCCGCUGGCCGCGGUGUGUGAGCAGUUCAACAAGCAGCUGGCCACCAGACUGCGGGAGUACGCAGCUCAGCGGGCAGCAGGGGGCGAUCGUAGGACACCUCUCCCGUACCAGGAGUCAUUUGUGCACGGAUAUACAGACAGAAGCUCCACAUACCCAGAGACGGGCUCUCCCAGCCCGCCACAGCAGCCCCGGAGGCUGUCUCCUCCUGAGCCCACUCCCAUGCUGUCUGUCCCCAUUUCAGAGGAAACUCAGAGCCUGUCCAUAGAUGCUGCUCCAGACACUACACCUGCACCCGAGGAGCCAGAUGAUACGUACAGCAUGACAAGCCGGCCGCGCGGGUACUGCCUCAUCAUCAAUAACUUCAACUUCAGGGAGGCGACGAAGAUGCCCCUGAAGAACCGCAAAGGCACCGACAAGGACGCGGAGAGCCUGACGAAGGUGUUCACCAGACUGCAUUUCAAAGUGGAGGAGUGGAAGGACCUGAGGGGGGAGGCGCUGCUGCGGGUGGUGGAUGAGUUCGGCGGCAGGGACCACGGCGCGCUGGACGCCUUCGUGUGCUGCGUGCUGUCCCACGGCGAGAAGGGCACGGUGCUGGGCACGGACGGCAGGGAGGUGCGCAUCCGCGACAUCACGCUGCCCUUCACCAGCAGCCGCUGCCCGUCGCUGGCCCGCAAGCCCAAGCUCUUCUUCAUCCAGGCGUGCCAGGGCCAGGACAUGCAGCGCGGCUACGCCCCGGCCGGCGGCGGCGGGCGGGGGGGCGUGUACGAGGAGGACGCCGGCCGCAUCGUGCCCGACGCCAUCCCCGACGACGCCGACUUCCUGCUGGGGAUGGCCACGGUGGAGGACUACAAGUCCUUCCGCAGCGUCACGGAGGGCUCCAUCUUCAUCCAGGAGCUCUGCCGCCAGCUGGAGGACUGCUGCCCCAGGAGAGAAGACAUCCUAACGAUCCUGACCAGAGUGAACCAUAAAGUGAGCAGGGGAACCUACCUGGAUCACAAGCAGAUGCCAGAGCCGCGGUACACUCUGACCAAGAAGCUGGUCCUGCCUUUAGACUGACAAGCCAUCUGCCAUUUCUGCCUACACAGACAAGAUGCCUUCCUAUUGGAUACCAGCAGGGGUGCUUUGAUCACAUUACCAGCGGUGUCAUCUCAGUGCCCGGUUAGGGACUCAGGUUUUGCACUUCCUCCUUUGAAGCGAAGCAGAAUCCACACCGCAGUGCACUUACUUUUAGUAUGGGUGAAACUCAGAUUCCGUUACUGCCGAUGCAGAAGAAAAGGAUUAUGGGAUAGCACUCAAUUGCACCUCCAUGGCUGUUUUGUACUUCACUGUCUGAAAUGAACUCACUCACCUAAAGAACAUGCAUUUUUGUGAAAAUGAAAUUACAAUUCCUUUUGUAAGCCUUCAUGAAAAACAAGGGAUUGUGGGAAAGAGUUCAGCUGCCCUGCUGGGUGAUGAACUAUGUUUUACGUAAACUCUACUGAAAUAUAGCAUAAUGGUAAUGCUAAUGGUGGAUGGAGAGAUACUACAGUUGCACUGUAUUGGCUGUUUACAUGUGAUGUGCAC